AUGGCCAGCGUCAGUCAGUGUGACAUCAUCGCCAGCAAUGCAUUCCUGCUGUCUCCUAAUGACAUCAUAAUCCCCGCCACAAUGACAUCGUACACUGGCUUUGACUGGAUACAUUGGCUCCCACUGGAUACACUAGGUCUUACUGGAUACAUUGGCUAUCACUGGAGACUUGCUCGGAGCUGUCCAGCAUUUUGUAACUGCAGGAAGAAAACAGCGGAUUGUAGCCAGAGAGAGCUAGUUGUGGCCCCCACUGGCUUCCCUCUGGAUAUUUCCAACCUCAGCAUGGCUCACAACAAAGUCCAUGCCUUGCCUUUGGAUUAUUUUUCCUGCUACACCGAACUGCUGGUGUUGGACCUCCGCAACAACUCUCUGAGUGACCUGCCCGACGGGCUCUUUGUCCCACUGAAGAAGCUGAUGCACUUGGACCUGAGUUACAACAACCUGAGCUGGGUGACGCGAGAACUGUUGGAGCCCACCCAGAACCUGGCCAGCCUCACCCUCAGCCACAAUCCAGGGCUCUCGGUCAUCGGGCUAUCGCCCUUGUCUCGGCUGCAGUACCUGGACAUCAGCCACAAUGGGCUCACCUCCAUCAGCCAGCAACUUCUAGACGGUCUCCCGGCCACUGUCUCACUCCGCCUGGCCGGCAACCCCUGGUUCUGUGGCUGCACCAUGGAACCUCUGCUGAAGUGGGUCCUCAGGCACCGCCACCAGUGUAACUCCGAUUCCAAGGAAGUCGUCUGUGCUGCCCCAGUGCAAGUCAAAGAUAUUCCUCUCUCCACUUUGACAGAAGAGAGCUUUAAGGCCUGUCGGUUCUCGUUGAGUCUGGAUGACUAUCUUUUCAUUGCCUUUGUGGGUUUUGCCGUAUCCAUCGCAUCCGUUGCCAUGAACUUCCUGCUGGGAAUAACAGCCAACUGCUGUCACCGCUGGAGCAAGGCCAGUGAAGAGGAAGAGAUGUGA